AGACAAGGUGUCCAUUCCGGUUGUAGCAGGUAUAGCUGCUGGAUGCGGAGUUAUACUGAUCACACCCAUUUUACUCCUACUCCUAUUUUGCCUACAUCGCAAGAAGCGAUCUGAACGGAAAGUAGAAAGCUGCAGAAUGACACUUCAAGCGUCUGUAACGUCAGAGACAGUCAACAUUCAGCUCGUGGAAACAAAGAAAGAAGACGCCGUUCCUGAUGACGAUUACGAUUACUUCAUCUGGACACAAAGAGAGGACCCGGUGGAUGAUUUAUUUCAACCGCUUGCUAGAGAUGACGAUGACGAACUUUCAAUGAUCGACCACCGUCAAAUUGAUAUUGAUGGUGUGAUCUAUGACAUUCCUCAAUCUCUACUACCUCGUACAUUGACGCAGGCGAGCGGAGUUUACGACAAACUCGAGCCCAUAGAUCCAAACAAGCAACUAGUACUAGGUGGACAGAUCUACGACAUCCCACGCAAAUUGCUAGAGGAACAGAAUGCCAUACAAUUGAGUGUCCUGGUACCCGAGGUGAGACGGUCUCCGGUACCGUCCCGCGGAUUGCUCGCUAGUCAAUGCGACAAACAUUAUGUCGAACUAGAUGCUGACACGUCCUCGUCGAAACUAUCAAUCGUGAGACUUCCGAAAGAUGUGAGGCAGAGAGGUCGAUCCCUUACUGGACCUCUCUAGCCAAACUGUCUACUAUAUACAUGUCAUGUCUACAUGUAUACGUGAGAGUUCGCUCAUAAAAAUUAACUAAUUCAGCGUUUCAUUGCUAUUUGGAAGCGAGACAAUAAGACUAGAAUUUUGU